AUGACAGUGUCUAAUACAGCAUGCACGCUACAAACAUGCUUGAACAAGAACACAUAUCAGCCCGAGAAAUGCGACGCGCAGCUGCGUGAGCUCUACACGUGCUGUCAACGUUUCUAUGAAGCGACAGGGGACAAAGGAGAAUCGACAGCGUGUCCUAUGCCAAGCGUGGUGCGCAGAUGGCUGAAGAAUCAUUGA